AUGCUCAGCUUCGCUACCGGGCAAACCUGCGAACGGGAAAGUGGCAGCCACGUCCCCCAGCCUGGGCAGAGGCCCCCAGGUCCCUGGGCGCUGGGCUGGGCGCUAGCAGCCGGGCAGGAGGGUCCUGAGCUGGGGCUGCUGGAGGAGGCGGCUGCUUCUAACAUCCCACAACGGUGUUGUAGCCAGCAGGAGCUGGCCGAGCUGGCACGUCGGGCUUCCCUUCGCCGCGGGUUUCUCGCGUUACGAGCCCACGGCGGGGAAGAGCCGGCGGGGAAUUCGAGCUGCGGCCGAUGUCGGGGGCGGCAGGACCCGCUCCCUCGGCCCUGCGGCGCCGGGCUAAGAAGGGGUCCCUCUUCUGCAGGUGCCGCGGACUCCUCCUCCGCCCCGCCGCUCGACAGGGACUCGCUGCAGCUGCCCGAAGGGCUCUCGGUGCUGCGGGUGGCCUACGGGGACGUGUCUCAGCUCGGAGUCUUCUGCACGGACCCCAUCCCCAAAGGAGUCCGCUUCGGCCCUUUCCAAGGCAAAGUGGUCAACACUAGCGAGAUCAAGACUUACGACGACAACUCGCUGAUGUGGGAGAUCUUUGAAUACGGGCGCCUGAGCCACUUCAUAGACGGGAGGGGCGCCUCUGGCAACUGGAUGUCCCUGGUGAACUGUGCCAGGUUCCCCGAGGAGCAGAAUUUGACGGCUAUCCAGUGCCAGGGGCAAAUCUUCUACGAGAGCUGCAAGGAAAUCUUACCGAAGCAGGAGCUGCUGGUGUGGUACGGCGACUGCUACGUGCAGUUCCUGGGCAUCCCCAUCAGCCUGAAGGGCAUGCCGGAGGGGAAGAGACCCCCGCAGCACCCCGAAGAAGCCGGGGAGAGCUUUAAGUGCGAUCGCUGCGGCAAGGUUUUUGCCUACAAGUACUACCGGGACAAGCACCUCAAGUACACUCGCUGCGUGGACCAGGGGGACCGCAAAUUUCCUUGUCACCUUUGCAACCGAUCCUUUGAAAAAAGAGACAGGCUGAGGAUCCAUAUUCUCCACGUUCACGAAAAGCACAGACCUCACAAGUGCUCCGUGUGUGGGAAGAGCUUUUCUCAGUCCUCCAGCCUGAACAAACACAUGAGGGUUCACUCCGGGGAGCGCCCCUAUAAAUGUGUCUACUGCAACAAGGCAUUCACGGCAUCCAGCAUCCUGCGCACUCACAUCCGCCAGCACUCGGGGGAGAAGCCCUUCAAGUGCAAGCACUGCGGCAAAGCCUUCGCCUCGCACGCAGCCCACGACAGCCACGUGCGCCGCACGCACAGCAAGGAGAAGGGCUGCACUUGCUCGGUGUGCGGCCAGCACUUCCCGGAGCAGGAGGAUUACCAUUUCCACAUGAAGAUUCACGCUGCUCAUUAG